GUCCUCCUCGCCGCUCCUGUUCUGGACAAGCACAGCCUUGGCGGGAAACCAUGUCCUUCUCCUCUCCAGUCCCCUGCUCCAGGGCCGGAGGCAGCUGCUCGGUCAGGGCGCCCCCUGGCGGGAGCAGCUUCAGCGCUAGCAGCAAACGUGGUCUGCGGGGCGGCUCUGCCCCGGGCUUCCGAGGAGGGACCAGCAGCUGCGGCCUGAGUGGGGGACCUGGCGGUGGCUUUGGGGGCAGCUUCGGAGGGGGCUUUGGUAGCUGCUCGGUGGGGGCAGGUUUUGGAGGAAACUCAGGCUGUGGAGUGAGCUCUGCAUUUGGCUCUGGAUUCGGCGCUGGUGCUGGAGAAGGCUUCUGCAGCUACGGUGCGGGAGUGGGAGGGGGUGUUGGCGAUGGGGGCCUUUUCUCCGGAGGUGAAAAACAAACCAUGCAGAACCUCAAUGACCGCCUGGCCAAUUACCUAGACAAGGUCAGAGCCUUGGAGGAGGCCAACGCUGAUCUAGAGAACAAAAUUAAGGAGUGGUAUGACAGAUGUGGGCCGGGGUCUAGAGACGGUGCAUCCGGAAAAGACCACAGCAAAUACUAUGCAGUAAUUGACGAUCUCAGGAACCAGAUCCUUACUGCCACUACUGAAAAUGCUGGGAUCAUUCUGCAGAUUGACAAUGCCAGAUUGGCUGCCGAUGACUUCAGACUGAAGUAUGAGAAUGAGGUGCAUCUCCGACAAAGUGUGGAGGCCGACAUCAACGGCCUGCGCCAAGUCCUGGACGACCUGACCAUGACACGCUCCGACCUGGAGAUGCAGGUUGAGAGUCUCACUGAGGAGCUGGCCUUCCUGAAGAAGAACCACAAGGAGGAGAUGAGGAAUAUGCAAGGAAGCUCUGGAGGGGACGUGACCGUGGAAAUGAAUGCCGCCCCAGGAACCGACCUGACCAAAUUACUGAAUGCUAUGAGAGCACAGUAUGAGGAGCUGGCUGAGCAGAACCGCAGAGAGGCUGAGGAGCAGUUUAACAAGAAGAGCGCAUCACUGCAAGCACAGAUCUCUACUGACGCCGGGGCAGCCAGUUCUGCCAGGAAUGAAAUAACAGAACUCACACGUACUCUGCAAGCCCUGGAAAUUGAGCUGCAGUCCCAACUGGCCAUGAAAUGCUCCCUGGAAGGGACCCUGGCAGACACAGAGGCGGCCUACGUGGCUCAACUGUCAGAGAUCCAGAUGAAGAUCAGCGGUCUGGAGGAGCAGAUCUGCCAGGUCCGGGGGGAGACCGAGUGCCAGAACUCCGAGUACCAGCAACUGCUGGACAUCAAGACGCGCCUGGAGAAGGAGAUCGAAACCUACCGCUGCCUGAUCGAUGGAGAAGGACGUGCUUCUUGUUUUGGAGGAUUUGACUAUAGGAAGUCAGGACCCAGAAACAUGGAAUCCAGGGACAUGGGAUCUGGUGACUUGAGGUCUGGAAGCUGCUCUGGUCAAGGAAGAGAUCCAAACAAAACUAGAGUGACUAAGACCAUCAUAGAAGAGGUGGUGGAUGGAAAAGUUGUCUCGUCACAAGUUAGCAGUAUUUCUGAGGUGAAAGUUAAGUAAGCUAUUCCCGGAUCAACAAGUGUGUCUUUCAAAGAAAAAAAAAAACAAAACUCAGAAGGACACAUGUGAAAAAAUAGCAUCAAUCUCGUCAUCUUUCUGGAUAACUUCAGGGAAAAGCUUCAGUCCAGAAAUAGAUGACCAGCCAAUUUUUCUGCAUCCUUUUAUUUUCUUUCUUGAAAAAAUUAUGACAGCUUUGCUCUAAUUGUUUCUAUGCUUCAAUAAACUUUCUCUUGCA